UUCGUCGAUCAUGCAAAAUUAUCCGUCUACUCCGAAGGACCAGAGCCGCGUCUGCGUGCUGUGGCUGGUCAUUUGCAAGACGGCCCGUGUCCAGGUGGGAAACCUGCUCACCACUCUUAUCAUCAUCUUGGGUCCCAUGAUAGUGUUUGUGAUUUACUCGACCACGAUUUUCCUGGCCCGAAAGACAACGGAUGAAGUAUACAAACGGCCACCGCCCAUUGAUAUAAGAACCGAUGUGCCGUCAAUUUAUUAUUCGCCAACUAACGAUGUCAUCGAUCGUGUUAUUCGAUUUAUGGUGAUGGAGUUGGACCCCAAAGAAUUCAGGGGAUUCAAAAAUGGUACUUCCAUGAUCGAGGAGCUAACGGAAGAGGAUGGGUUUGUGGGCAUAGAGUUUGAUGAUAACUUAAUAGACAUUACCAAGUUGCCGAGCAAGGUAACUGUGUCGAUAUUAUUCCCCAAACAUUUGCGCACCACGCCCAAGAUGAUGUGGGAAACGGGAGCGUUGUACAGGCAUUUACAUCUCACUGCGGACUACUACCGUUUCGAGGGUUUCCUCAUAGUCCAGUCCAAGCUAAGCGAGGCUCUGAUUCGGGAGAAGAAUAGUAGCGUUGCAAUGCCAAAGGUGUUCCUCGAACACCUUCCUGGACCCUGGAGUUCGGAGUCCGAGCUGAACGAACGACGGCUCUCUCUAGCCGGCUUUCUGGUCUUGCCCUUCACCAUAUCCGCUGCCUUUCUGACUCAGCUGAUUGUUCGCGACAGGCAGGAGCACGUGACGGCUAUGUUGGAGCUGAUGCACGUCAAUUCCUGGAUCCACUGGACGUCCUGGUUCAUCAUCGGCUUUGUCCUGUUGGCCUUACCCACCGUGCUCUUGGUGAUGUUGCAGAAAGGGCGCUUCUAUCCGAAAGCGGACAUGUUUGUCAUACUAACAUUCCUUCUAGUUUACAUAGUGGAGCUUCUAUGCUCCUCCUUCAUGAUUUCGGUUUUCGUUAAUGACAGCAUUAUGGUGCAGAUCGCUAUCUUAAUACUGCACCUGAUGAGCUGGCUGCCGUGGCGGCUGCUCCUUAAAGGGUACCAGGGGAGCUUCCUUCGGACCUUGGUCUCCUGCUUCUUCCUCUAUAGCUCCCUAACCGUUGGACUGCAUCAGCUAAUCGAACAUGAGACCCUCUAUCGGGGCAUGGAGUUUGAUCACAUAUUCACGUACAGUGAUCAGGAGGAACAUUUCUGCAUUGGAAUCGUCAUUUUGAUCAUGCUACUGGGCAGCGUUUUCCGCAUUCUUGUCCUGUUUUACGUAGAGGCGCUUAGAGGUAUUCGGCCCCGCAAGUGGUAUUUUCCCUUUCAGCGUUCCUUCUGGUGUCCGCGGAAGCGUUCAGCCGACGAUGUGGAAAGUGAAAGCGUUGAUCAAGAACAGGGACAUCGCGACCGACCGCUCGUCAUUAGGGCUCGGAAGUUAGUUAAGAUUUACAAUAACAACAAGGUGGUCGACAAUUUCACAUUGACCUGUUAUCAAGAUGAGAUAACAGUCAUCAUGGGUCACAACGAUUCGGGCAAGACUACGAUCCUGAUGAUGCUGUCCGGUAUCGUCCGACCCACUUCCGGCACGGUGAUCAUCAAUGGCUAUGAUAUGGAUAGGGAGACGAGCAAGGCACGUCAAUCGAUGAGCUUCUGUCCCCAGCGGAACAUUCUCUUCGAGAAAAACAAGGUCAAAUGGCAUAUCAACUUCUAUUGCCGGCUGAAGGGCAUGAACCGAUCGGAUGCCGCCGAGGAAACAAAAAGAUAUCUGCAAGUUUGCCACCUGGAGGAAUAUGCCAGUCACACGGUGCAGGAACUGUCAUCUGGCAUGAAGCGGAUGCUCUCCGUUUGCUGUGCCCUCUGCGGACAUACGAAGAUUGUGUUGCUGGAUGAGCCGGGCACCAGCAUGGAUCCGUUGGUUCGCCGCGAUAUGUGGGACCUACUGCGGAAGGAGAGGAUGGGUCGCUGCAUCAUUGUCUCCACCCACAAUAUGUACGAGGCCGAAAUCCUGGCCGACAACAUAGUAAUGCUCUGCGAUGGUCGAGUGUUUGGCUAUGGUACUCCGGCCUUUCUCACCCAAGCCCCCGAGUUGGGAGCCAUUUUCAAGCUGACCUGCACGAAGGAUGACUCCUGUUUGGUGUCGGAGGUUACUCACUUCCUGCAGAAGCGCAUUCCGGAUAUCGUGUUGGACAAAGAGUACAAUUUACAAGUUUCUUACAUGCUACCGACAAAGAACAUCCGAGAUUUCUCUACCCUAUUCGGAGAUCUGGAGGAAUCAUUGGAGAAUCUGAAGAUCACGGGGUUUAGUGUGGAGGCCCCAACCCUAAGCAAUAUGUUCUUUCGGAUCGGGGAGGAAAUGCAUGCGGCCCUCGACCGUAGCAUCUCAGUUUUGCGGAUGUCGCAGGCAUCGCCCUUUGGCUCCCUGAUCAAUUUGCUGCCAUCGUUCGAUGUGCGGGAGGAUAAUCCCAUCCAAAUUGUCCAUAAUCAGUGGCGGGCCAUCCUGGGCAAGAAGUGGAUCUUUACAAAACGACACCAAGGACUCUACAUUGUUAUGAUCCUGUUCCCGAUUCUUACCUUUAUUAUGGUGUUCCUUUCCGAAUUCUUAUUCUAUUGGAUCCUUGGCACACCUCACCCCAAGGUAAUGACUAAUAUGCAGAACUACACGAACCGUGUCUUGCUGACCGAGUGUAUUGACGACAAUGUGGAGCUAAUCAACGUUUACACACAAAUGGGGAAGGAUCAAAAGGCCAUGGUGAUUAACACGGAGGAAGAACCCAUCUAUAACUUCGCCCUGUCGCACAUGCUGAAGUAUGAAAUGGAGUUGCAGCAGUCAUUCCUCUGCGGUAUCACUGUUAACCUGGGCAACAAAACUGUAAUCGCCUGGCAGAACACGAUGCUGGAGCACGGGUCUGCCCUUUCUCUGGGUCUAGUCUACCAAGCCAUCGGAAAGCACAUGGCCGGCAUAGAUAUAGAGAUCGUGAAUAAGCCACGGCAGGAUCACUUCACCGACGUGGUCAUUGGUCUAAACGAAUUCAACUCCGUGGAGUUCUCCAGCUUCGUGUGCUUCUACCUGGUCUUGGCCACCGCCACCUUUGCCGUGAUGCCGGUGCUGGAGCGAGAGACGGAUCUGCGGCACCUCCAGCUAAGCAGUGGAAUGGGUCGGGCCACCUACUGGAUGGCCCACAUGGCCUGGGACUUUAGCACGUACAUGGUGAUGGUGUUUUCCCUGAUUUUGGUCGUCGGCCUGACCACAGGAACGGCCGUGCCCAUGAUGAUAUUACUUUUGGCCUUUGGAUAUGCAGCCAUUGCGUUCACCUACUUGAUAAGCCUGUUUUCGGGCAAUAUUGGAUCGUUGUUCAGCCUCGUCAUGUACAUCAAUAUGUUGGGCGUGGUGGCCAUAUUUAUUCAUCCCUAUAAGGAGAAGAGGCGCUUCUUGGUUUUCGAAUGCAUUCUUUUGAUCCUGCCGCACUAUGCACUGUUUUGUGGUGAACAGAAUAUUUUGACGGAGGACGAGAGGUUCUACAAUUACCAAGGACGUGUUUCUGAACAGGCGCGGAAGGCAGGAAAGAUAGAUAGAGCCCACAUGUCCAGAAACCCGGUCCUAUACAACAAUAUAGAGCUUCUCUAUCUGCUCAUCAGCGGCAUUGUUUACUUUCUCUUGGUGAUUUAUUCGUGGAUUCCCCGGCGCAUUGCCUACUGUUUAAAAGCCAUACGAAACGAACAAAUUCAUCCAAACACGCAGGACGAGGACAUAGAGGUGCAGCGACUCCGCCAAAGGAUGGAUGAUAUAACCAAAAAUAAGUUCGUUAAUUUCCCCCUAAUCCUAAGGAAGGUAACGAAGCGCUACAAUGAUCUCGUGGCAGUGCAAUGUCUAACAGUGGAUUUGAAUUCGUUCGAGUGCCUCUGUCUGCUGGGAAGGAAUGGAGCGGGAAAGUCAAGCACUUUUUACAUGAUUGUGGGAAAGAUUCCCAUUACAGCGGGUGGCAUCUACAUCAAGGGGCUCAACGUGAAAAGGAACAGGAGGGCUCUUCGCCAUGUAGGCUUCUGUCCAAGGGAGCCAACACUGGCCAACUACAUGACCGGUCGACAGAUGUUACACUUUUCCUGUCUCAUCAACGGUGUUCGUCGGAAUCUGAUCCCAAACGUUGUUAAUCAUAUGGAGCAGUCCUUCCUUCUGGACAGGCAACUGGAUACGCCAAUCGGCAACUGCAACAACGGGAUGAAACGGAAGCUAAUGCUGGCCAUUGCCUCGAUGGCGCCGACCCUCAUUUGCCUGGACGAACCGACCGCCGGUGUGGACAUGAACGCCAAGUACACCAUUUGGCAUGUGCUGGACAACCUGCGCCUCGGCGGGCUCGCCAUACUGGUCACCACCACCAGCAUGCAAGAGUGCGAGGUUCUGGCCACCAAUGUGGGCAUCCUGGAGCGCGGCUCCCUGCUCUGCUAUGGUAGCCUGACUCGACUCAAGAAUCGCUUCGAUAAGAACAUUUAUGUGAAGGUGAAGGUGGGAAGUAAGGAAGAGCUUGCCGAUGCGAAAGAGGAGUUUGAGCGAUUUGAUGGUAUGUUGAAACUGAGGCAAAGUACUUGGCUAGGUGACACUCCUCUACUGCUAAGAGAGAGCUCAUCCAGCUCCUUGGACUGGCGGCCUGUAUCCGCUGAAAGACUGAACGAUGGGGAAUCUCGACAGUCGGAAUCACAGAUGCGGAGCAUGUACGAGAAACUGUUACGGGAAGUUGAGAUCCAGUUUCUCGACGACCACCCCGACAGUAAAAUGAGCCACAAGUAUACAUACCGCGGAAUAAUCAUAUUCAGCAUUCCAAAGGACAAAGUAAGGUACUCGAAGCUAUUCCACUACAUGGAGACCCGCAAGCACAGGAUGCAAGUUCUAUACUAUUCAAUUAGUCACACCACCCUGGAGGAUGUGUUUCUGGAUUUCAUCAGCAAGCACCACGUGGAUCCAUGAUCGUGAUUCAUAUUCGUACAUGAGUGGUAUGCGUCGAGCAACGAACUUAUCCAAAGAACCCUUAUCGCACCGCCAACCGAACUAUUUAAUGUGAAAGCUUCUGAUAUAUUUUGCUAAUAAAUCGAGCCGGGAGUCUGCAUAAACGCUAAACAAAUAAAAGUAAAUAAAUCAAUCGAUUUCGCCGAAUCAUCAGUUGUC